AUGGCGCUGCCAUGCGGCGUACGGCGCCGCCUACCACCUCCUAAACACCCAGACGAAGGCGUCCGCCCGCAAUUCCAUCGACGCAACGUCCGGUUUUGCCAUCCCGGAUACGCAGACAAUUCCAACACCAUGCUCAUACUGCCGGCGCUCGAUCCGCUCCCUCAUCAUGACGCACAGAAGACCCCGUUGCAACCCAACAAGCGCUUUGGCAUGCAUCACGAGACUGCGCGCGUGGCAUGCGCCAUUCUCGCCAACGCGCGCUUCGAUGGCUACCUCUCCGAGAACAAGCAACCCCAGACGGACCCUCCCUGCAUCGACCCGGAUGCGUUGCUGCUCGGAGACAAAUACUACUUCCACGUCCCUGGCUCUGCCGCGCCGAGCCCUGCCUACCCCGUAGUACCAUCCUUUCAGCAUUUUCGGUUCCCACACGCCAGGUUGCCACCGUCGUGGCUGGCCUCGACGCUUAGCAUACCCGACAAGUACGGCCUCCCGUGCACCGCCACGCUUGACGCGGCCGUUCUCGCGCGCGACGUGUCCUGCCGCCUCACGGCCUCUACCUUGGGCACCGAAGCCGCUCAUCUUAUCCCCCGCAGCGAGAACGCCUGGUUCUUGUCCAACGAGAUGGCGCAGUACACAAUACGGCCCAGCUUGCCAGCCGCAGCCGCGACCGACGAUACUGCAAACACCAUCCUCCUUUCCUCCCACAUCCACGCCACCUUUGACCAACGCUGCUUUGCCAUUGCCCCGAAAUGGGGCCGCUGGGUCAUUCACACACUCAUUGGCACGCCGGCGGAGGAGCUGACUGCCGUCUAUCACAACGUAGAGCUGCAGCAACUCACGGGUCUCGCCGUCGAGUGUAUUUUUGCGCGGUUUGCAUGGUCCGUGGUCCUGCAGGCCUCCUUUCUGUCUGCAGGCGGCCCACGUUGGUUGUCCGUUAUCAGGGCGGACGAGUCGGUAAGUAAGGAAAUAUUUAUGGAUCUUAUAAGCACGUAUAUACUAAAACUCUUUGGUUCAAAGAGUCGCAGCUACAGCCCUAAGAAGCGCUCACGCGGCGAUGGAACGGCAGAUAAGGAUAUGGUUGGAAAGGAAGCAGAAGGCAAUUCAACUAAUAAGGAUAACUAG